UACAGGAGGAGGGAGGAUUAGGGGAGGGAGGACUCCGUCACAUCCUCUGUCCAUGUAUGGGCAUGAAGUUUACACGCAGCGGGGAAUCCUCUCACUGGAGCUGAUGAAUGGGGAGGAGGGCCGAGGGAGCUGCCAAUGUGUAUAUAAGGAGAGAGAGGGGAAGUCGCUGAUGUGAAAUCCACAGCAAGCAAAUACCUACCGAGGAGCAGAGACGAAAAGGAAUACCUUUAAUUGCUUUUUACACCUUUUGACACAUACCACUUUGGAUCAUUUGUUGAAAACCAUCAAAAGGGGGAGUUGAAAGAAAACAUUCAGCUGCAUACUUUGUUUUACAUUUUUACCUUUUUUUUACUGGGAGAGACGGACUUCUAAGUGCAUCAGUAUGUUGAACAAUAUGGAUUUGAAUGCGAAAGAUUCUUUUUACCCUCAGUUUGAGAAUUGCAACAGUUCUUCCCUGGGAAUGGAAAACAGCGUGCGGAAAGAUAACCAGGAGGUGUAUGUCGAUGCAGAGCGGGGGGUACCUGCCCAGUUUGGCCACGAAGGAACCCCUGCAACCCUCAAAACCGAAGCCUCCAACUCGGAAUUUGCUUUUAACCCUUGCGAGUGUCCAAAAGACACCUACACCCCCUCCUCGCUCGCCUACUCUGGCAGUUUCUAUGUUGAGGCAUCUCAGGGAGCGCCGUGCAGCACCGAAACACUUCUCAAUAUGAUCACUGAGAUUGUGGGUAUAUCCACACUGCCACUUUCAGAAGUGCAACACAGCGGCAACAGUCGGGGAACUUAUCCAUCGCCUGCUCCGAUGGACAGCAGCAAUGGCAAUUUUGGAGACCCCGGCGUCAAGAGGCAAUCCUACACCUGCUCCGGACCUACCCCCCCUGUAUACUCUCCAGAUCAGACGUGCCCGAGGUAUGCUGAUGAUCAGGCCGGCGGCCAGGCCCAAGACCCGUCCACUUCCCAGCUGAGCUUCGGCUCCUCCCGAGCUUCAAAUCAGAAAAAGGACGAACCAAAGUCAGAGGCCGCUUCUUUCCCUGUCGUGGUCAAGAAUGAAUUUGAAAGCAGCUGCUACGAGUGGGGAACAUUUAACAAAUCUGGCUGUUUGGAGACGAGUUUCCAGAUAGAAACCUUCCCAAUGUCAAGCGAUUUCCCCCCUGACCAGCAGAUGGACGUUAAGGAACUCUUAGACACAUUUCCCCCAAUGUGUCCCAACCCAGAGAUGGAGUUUAAAGUGGAGGGAGGUAUCAAACAGGAACCAUGUUUCUCUGAUACCUGUUCUCAGAGCUACUCCAGCCCCCUGUACAAUAAUUACCUCCCACCACCUCCGAUGGGCCUCUCCUCUAACUUGAAACCGUUCCCCGAACCUCCACAGCCAUCUAACCAGUGUGAUUCCUUAUACACAUCACCAGCUUUACCGAGCACCAUAGACUCCAUCCUGUACUCUUCCUUGUUGCCAGAUUCUUUCGCCCAAAGUUACACCACCCGUGCGACGAAACCCCCCAGGGCCAGGAAGAGCCCAGCCGCCUCUCACGGCCCAGCCAAAGAGAAACCCUUCACCUGCCCCAUGGAGAGCUGCGACCGGCGCUUCUCCCGAUCGGAUGAGCUCAACCGGCACAUCCGCAUCCACACUGGCCACAAACCUUUCCAGUGCCGCAUCUGUUUGCGCAGUUUCAGCCGUAGCGAUCACCUUACCACCCACACCAGGACUCACACCGGAGAGAAGCCGUUUUCCUGCGACGUCUGCGGCAAACGGUUCGCCCGGAGCGACGAGAGGAAACGGCACGGACGUGUACACCUGAAACAGAAGGAGAAAAUGGAAAUAAAGCCACAGGUGACCACCGGUGCCUGGACUUUCACUCUUCCCGAGGGAAUUUGAAGACAAAGCUAUGUGUCUACACAUACAACAUUAGGCUCUUUCCGUCUUGGAAGAUAAGCCAGCCAACUACAAUUAUAUGUCUGAGUUAGUUUGACUGGCAAGCCAAUGCCUGGCACAAGACGUUUUUUUAGGAGCAGAAAGGAAGAGAGAGGUCUGCUUCGGCCUUAUUGCCUGCUGCUGAUGCUGCUGACUUUAUGCAAAGAUGCAUAAGUUUUAAAAGUCGGUAAACAGAUCAACAGUGACUUGUUGCUGUUACUGUCAGUAGAGCCAAACAUCUCUGCUGCGGCAUUGCAUGACUGCUGUUCAGCACCUCUUCAUCUGGACAGCUCCAACCUCCAUGCCUCUGAGCCUGGAUGGAUUGCACUUACAGAUUAUUAAUAUCUCCAUUUAAGAUUCUUAUUUUCUGCUUUUAGCAUUCUUAGAGCAAUGGUUUGGACUAUGUUUCUUAAAAUGCAUGUUUAUGUCAGUGUUUUCUUUCCUUUAAGCGGAAUAUCAACCACUGUCAAGGUACUCCUUCACUCCACAGGGAGGAUUAUUGACAUGAAUGUAGGCUAACAUAUUUAUGGCUUUGACCAUAAAGCUGUCCAUCUUUGAUCAAAAUUAGUGUUUGUUUAACUUCUUAUCAUUUGGCUGUCAGUGUUUUUUGUCAUUGGUCUUUGUGUUGUGUUACAAUUGUUUGGAUUAUUACAAUUGUGAAAGAUAUAUCAUAAAUGGGAAAUAAAUAUAUUUGUAUUACUGUA